UUCAAAUAUUAAAUCGGACUGAAGUUUUAAAAAUUCAAAAUUAAAAUAAAAACAUUGCGGCAAUAUAUUCUCAAGGCUAGUUUAGAGCGUGACCAACUGAACAAAUUCUAUACAACUCAAAAUAUGCCUUAGAGAAGACUUGGGAAAAUUUAAGGGGCACAUUAGUCCAACUCAAUCUACUUUAAAAUCAAUUAAGUCUAAAGUCUGAAAUUUAAUCCUAUGAGAGGGCAAAUUCGUAUUUUAAUCGUAAUAUUCUGAAGCAUGAAGAGUCGGGAUAACGGUCCAAAGGAAUAUCAAUUUACCCCAAUCAAAACAGAUCCUGGUAAUGCAUCCGCUUCACCCACCUUCAAACGAUUUGAUAAACUCUUAUCCUCCAUCCAGUUGAAGUCUGAAACCAAAUCGGGAGUUAAACGUGCCCAUGCGGACUCUAUUUAUAAUAGCAUUAAUGUCAAAUUUGUAAAAAAUGAGCCUACACAAUCCCCAUGCCAUAUCAGACCCUUAAACGUCAAACCUUAUAAUAAUAACUUAAGAUUAUCGAGCCAUCCCCUUCCUCCCUUUUCAAUAAACACAAACAAUUUACAAAGCGAUAUACAAAACUUGAAGCAUCGAGAAAGCGAUUACAACACUGAUAACGGAUCUUCUUUAUCAGCUUCAACCUUCACUCUUGAAUAUGAAGAGGAAUAUGAUGACAGGUUUGAUAGACUAACCAAAUUUUCGCAAACGGAUAUUGAAGGAGAGGAUGAAGGAGUUUCUUAUACAAAGGAUACCAUGGGAACUCGUUACGACGACGAAGAUGAUAUAAUGAGCGACGUAACUCAGGAUAGGAGAUAUGUUAACAAUAGGAAGAAAAAUAGUAAUGCGAUUAUUAUUCCUGACUCCCACUUGAGAUAUCAUUAUAAGCACGCAGUUCCUUUUUCUCCAUCAUUCGGUCAGCCCCACAGAAGACACAAACAUCCGACUACCUCAUCAACAAUUUCAAGAAAUAGUAUCUGUCAAACAUUUACAUUGGAUAAAUGUACACUGGAGAGAGAAUUUUACAAUGAUAUCAGAGAAACUUCAAAGGAAACAGCUUUCCCGUUGAGAUAUGCCGAUACUCGAGCUCCUAUUUACAAGUGCAAACAUAAUGUCAUAGGCAGUGUCGAAGACAUUCGCAAGUUUAAAGCCCUUAGGCUGAUUAAGAAAUUUAACAGCACUAACUUCGCCACUCCAUCAAGUCAAAUUGAUAUCAACAAAUUGGCUGAUUUCGAUUGCGAUAUCGUACAAAAUAAAGAAGCGAAGUUAUACGAAAUAAAAUAAAUAUAAUAUAUGGUAUACCCACGUGACUUCGACUGCUCCUAUAUAGUUACCAUAAAUUUAUUCGUUAAAUACAAUUACGAGUUA